AUGGGCAACAAAAUUAGUGGUGUCCUCAACUCCAAGGCAGACAACAUGGCUGUCAGCACGGAGUUCCAGUAUCGCUACAGCACCAUGAAGAAGCUGAAGGUGUCGUACAGUAUGCUCAGUAAGAAGAUUUCUGGUGUCGUCAUCAGCAUGGAGUGCACCCCACAGGACCUCCGCGAUGUUGGCACAGGCUACUCGAACGUGUGGGCUUGCCUGAAGCACAGCGGCGCCAGUGGGGGAAGCUCGCGCCGCUACAGUCGAGCUGGGGAAGGCGAGCAGGCUCGUGCCAAUCGCACCAAGGUGGACCUCGAGUUCGUUGAUGAGUCCUACCAUGGCUUUCAGACCUUCUGUGACGCCAUGAAUGACCUCAAGGCCCGUGCAUGCGCCAAGUACUGCAAUGAAAUUCGCAUCAAAGUCAUGAAAGAAGUGAGCGUGCAGCUACUGGCGACGAAGCACGUUCUUUCACAGGGGAAGAAGACAGAGGGUUGCAGGAGGCGCUUCAGUAAGGCUGCAGAAAAAGUAUCGCGACAGGAGAGCGCCGCUGCGAAGAAGGGCAAGGACCUGUCGGGGAGCAAGAGCUACAUGAAGGCUAUCGCCAAUCGCAACAGCAGGGAAAAUAUGUACUCGAAAGAGCUGGAGGUCUUUGAUCAACAGUACGAGGAGGUCAUGGUUGCGUCGCAGGAGUUCUGUUCCUCGACGACAGACAUCUUCCUCGAUUGCAUUGUCGGCUACUACCGCGAGAUAGUAACGGUGAUUGAUUUUGCCGACACCCCAGGGUGCAGUCGAUUUCGCAGCCAUGUGCCAGAGAUGGCGCUGCACCAGGCGUCGGGUGCAGAGUUUUGCGAGAAAGCCGCUGGACUCAAGUGCGACAAAAAGUCUUCGCCCUCGACCGAGCCGCUUAAUCUCGAUUAA